GGCUGGUUUUCUCUCCAAAACGGCUCCCUCGCAGGACAGGCGACAUUUGCUCCCGCUCUCCGGCAGAAGCGAAACCCUAUCCCUGUCCUCAGUGCUCCGCUUGGGUUUCUCGGGGCUAUUUCUGGCUCUUGGCUCCUUCGCCUCCAGUGUUUCCACUGGCUCUCUCCAUCUUUUUUCCACUCCUUCCCUCCUCUGUUGCCCUCACCUCCCUGUGCCCUCAGCCAAGCGUCCUUCCCAUGGCCCCGCCGCGACGGCUGCUCCCUGAAAUGGGCUGCCAAGGCAGAUUAUUGCCAUUGCUAAUCUGCAUUCACCCUCCUCCCGGUCCUCCCCUGCUCCUCCCUUCUCCAAAUUGCUGCUAUACGGCACCGGUGUGCGGUGCCGCACGGGCUGGCCGGCCGCCCCGAAACGGCCAACGCUGGGAGAACCACCGUGCCAGGGCUGGUCAGGAGCCGGGAAGCCCAUCUGCAGUGGGUCGGGGUGCUGCGGUUGCUCCUCUGCGGGUCCUACCCUGUGUGGCCUCUGCUCGGCAGGGAGAUGCCGCUGGAGGACGGGGACCCGGUGAGGCAGAGGGGACAGCGGGUCAACGGCGAGGUCAGUGGUACCCCCCGGCUUGGGGGAAUGGGAGACCCCCCACUCCGGGGCACGCCAGCGCCCGACGGCAGCAGGACGGAGGCGAUGGCAGAGGGCCGGGAGCCGGGGCCAGCACUGGGUGACAGGGGCGUGAGCCCCAGGGGGGCCCCGCAGCAAGCAGGGCAGCAUGAGGAAGCCCUGAUGACCGAGCUCUCGGAGCUGGUGCAGAAGGUGGUGAAGAGCAGCAGCUGGUGGGAACGGCACGGCGUGGAUAUCAGCAUCCUCACCUGCAGCCUCCUCCUGCUCCCAGCAGGGUUCCUCUGCCUGCGGUCAGCCCAGGCCAUCCCUUUCCUGGCGGGUGUCCUCACCCUUGGCGUGGCACAUCACACCCUGACCGUGAAGGGCAGUCACCUAGCCAGCCACAACGCCUUGACGGAGUCCAAGUCCUGGGGCAAAGUCUGGGCCAUCUUCUUCAUUGAGCUCUGCUCAGCUUUCACGGCCGAGCAAGGCACCUACAACCACGUGAAGAUCCACCACGGCUACACCAAUGUCAUCGGCCUGGGGGACUCCAGCACCUGGAAGCUUCCUUUUCUGAACCGCUACGUCUACAUGUUCAUCGCACCUCUCGCGGUGCCCAUCAUAACCCCUCUGGUUGCUCUUGAUUUGUUGAGGAACGUGGAAUGGAAAGUAGCUCUCCGGACCCUCUGCUGCAUGUUUCUGGGUCUUUACUGCCAUUACUGGCUGCUGCUCCACGUCUCAGGCUUCCAGUCGCCGUGGUCCGCCCUGCUCUGUAUGCUGCUCACCCGCUCCCUCCUGGCCCAUCCCUACAUCCACGUCAACAUAUUCCAGCACAUCGGCCUCCCCAUGUUCGCGGCCGAUCGGAAACCCAAGCGGAUCCACCUCAUGAGCCUGGGCGUCCUCAACCUGCCCCGUAACGCCCUGCUCGACUGGUCCUUUGGCCACUCGCUCAUCAGCUGCCAUGUGGAGCAUCACCUCUUCCCCAGCCUCUCCGACAACAUGUGCCUGAAGAUCAAACCCAUCGUCUCCCAGUACCUGAAGCAGAAGAAGCUGCCAUACAACGAGGACACCUACGCCUCCAGGCUCCGGCUCUUCCUCCAGAGAUACGAGGAGCUGAUGGUCCACGCUCCCCCCAUAACAGAGCUGGUGGGCAUCCAGUGAGGACUCAGGGGGGCUGUUUCCUGCGGGAACUUGCAGCAGGGAUGGUUUUAGCAGGAUCGGGGCUACACAGACACACGCCUCCAUAAAGCCAUCGCGUAGGAAA